CAGACCCACUUGGCUGGCAUUGGAGUUUGACACAUCAACUGCUCUCGUUCUAGGGUUUUUUUUUCCUCCUUCAGUUUAAGACAUGGAGAUCAUAGGAACACGUUGUUGCUCACUUGUCAUAGUGCUCAAACUCAAAAGUCAAAUACAAACUUUUUGAGUUUCUCUUUUAUUUUCUUCACCUUAUCUGGUUUGGAUUGUGUGAAAGGAGGGAAAGAAAGAAGCUCUCAGUGUUUCAGUUUUCAGUCAAUUCGGGUUCCUCGGGGCUAGACUCUGCUCAAGCGAUGGAGCUUCAAAGAUUAGCAGAAUACUUGGUUUUUGUGAUUGCUCGUCUGGGAUUGAUUGAUUGAUUGUUGGUUUAGUCAGUUGUGUUAAAAUUCCUUUUGAGAUUUUAGAUUUUGGAUUCGUGUAUGCAUCUGGGAAUGGUUUAGUGGAUUCAUAGAUUCAAUCUUUUUGGUUUUGGGGAGAGAAAAUUAAGUGGUUCUUGAGAUGGAGAAUUCGAAUAUAUCGAGGAAUGGGCAUGAAGAGCAUCUGGGUAUUAAAAAAAUGGGGAAGAACAUCAAGAAAAGUCCUCUGCAUCAACCCAAUUUCACAAACACAAGGCGACAAUCCCAGCCUCAGGUUUAUAAUAUAAGCAAGAAUGAUUUCCGGAGCUUCGUUCAACAGUUGACUGGUUCACCCUCCCAAGACCCUUUGCCUCGACCGCCGCAGAACCCACCUAAACAUCCAAGUAUGCGUUUGCAGAAGAUCCGUCCACCGCCAUUGACGCCAAUCAACCGACACCAGAUUUCUCCUUCUGCAAUUGUUCCAGCUGAAUCUCCAAUCUCUGCUUACAUGAGAUACCUUCAGAACUCUAUCAUUGACUCAGGUCCAAGGCCAACACAACCUCCGUCGUCGUCGGGUUUACUUUCGACCCCACCACCGCCGGCUUUCCCAUCACUAGGGACUCAUGCUUUCCCUUCUCCCCAUGGGAAUGCCCCUGAUCUUUUGCUUUCCCCAACUUCUCAGUUUCUCUUGCAAUCCCCAAGUUCUUUCUUGAAUCUAUCGUCUCCUCGUUCUCCUCAUCCUUUGAUUUCGCCCAGUUUUCAGUACCCUCCACCUCUGACUCUCAAUUUUGCGUAUUCACCCAUGUCACAAUCAGGGAUUUUGGGUCCUGGGCCACAACCUGCACCCUCUCCUGGAAAUUUAUUUCCAUCCUCCCUGUCUGAGUUCUUCCCCAUCCCAAGUCCUAGAUGGAGGGAUCAAUAAUCCUUAAAUUUGGAAGGUGCGUUAGUUGAUGGUGUCUGGAAGUAUUUUUGUAUUCAACUAAUCUCCUUCUCCAGGGAGCUAUUGUCUUGCCUGUGAAAAUGUAAGAUAUAACAGUGUAGAAAUGUUUCAAGAAAUUUCUUUGAACCCUUUUCUUGCUCUUUUUUUUUUC